GAUGGUGCAAGAGUUAAAACAAUAACUAGGGCAGGGGUUUUUCAACCCCCCUCCCCCUCCCCUUGGCGGUGGUUCAACUGGCUUAAUUUGGCCCCAAAACUAUUGGCGAGGUUUGAAUAACUGAAAACCAGCCCGGGUGAUGACUCUAGAAGACCAGAGGAAGGGGUGAGGUUGGACUGUGCCUUUCCUGGCUCCUCCUCCUUCAAUAAUUGGGGAGGGGUAUAUAUUCCGGGAUGGCUCGAAGCACCGAGAUUUGGUGGGGAGAACCCCUGGGGUGAAUCUGCAGCUGAAUUUUUGGUUUUUUGUGCAGGCGACAACGGCUCCCAUGUCUCAGCCCAGAGGCCUUGUGGUUCUGGCCUACAGUGGUGGCUUGGAUACCUCCUGCAUCCUGGUUUGGCUGAGAGAACAAGGUUAUGAUGUCAUCGCUUACCUGGCCAACAUUGGACAAGAUGAAGACUUUGAGAAGGCGAGAACGAAAGCUCUUUCUUUGGGUGCCAAGAAAGUUUACAUUGAAGACCUCCGCAGGGAGUUUGUAGAGGAGUUUAUUUGGCCAGCUGUCCAAGCCGGGGCUCUCUACGAAGACCGGUAUCUCCUGGGCACCUCUUUGGCCCGGCCGUGCAUCGCCCAGAAGCAGAUGGAAAUCGCCUUGAGGGAGGAGGCCCAGUUCGUUUCUCACGGAGCUACAGGCAAGGGCAACGAUCAGAUUCGGUUUGAGCUCACCUACUAUGCGCUCUCUCCUCACAUCAAGAUCCUGGCGCCAUGGAGGAUCCCCGAAUUCUACACCCGCUUCCGAGGACGGAGCGACCUCAUGGAGUAUGCGAAGGAUCAUGGAAUUCCGGUUCCAGUCACGCCAUCUAAUCCUUGGAGUAUGGAUGAAAACCUUAUGCACAUCAGCUAUGAAGGUGGAAUUCUGGAGAACCCUAAGAACCACCCUCCUCCCGCCAUCUACAAAAAGACCACCGCCCCAGCCUCCGCCCCAGAUUGUCCUGAUAUCUUAGAGAUUGAAUUCAAGAAAGGUAUCCCCGUGAGAGUCACCAAUAUGAAGGAUGGGGCUGUUUACCCAACGUCUCUGGAACUCUUCCUUUACCUGAAUGAAAUUGCUGGCAAGCAUGGUGUUGGGCGUAUCGACAUUGUGGAGAAUCGGUUUAUUGGGAUGAAGUCAAGAGGUAUCUAUGAGACUCCGGCGGGAACCAUCCUCCACUCCGCUCAUUUAGACCUCGAGGCCCUCACCACCGACCGCGAGGUGAGGAACAUCAAGCGAGGACUGGCCGCCAAGUUCGGAGAGCUGGUUUACAACGGCUUCUGGUUCAGCCCCGAGGGCGAAUUCAUCCGCCGUUGCAUCGACCAUUCCCAAGACCUGGUGGAGGGGAAGGUCCAGCUCUCUGUCUUGAAGGGUCACGUGUACAUUUUAGGAAGGGAAUCGCGCCAAUCCCUGUACAAUGAGGAACUCGUAAGCAUGGAUGUUCAAGGGAGUUAUGAACCCUCGGAUGCCACUGGAUUCAUCAACAUCAAUUCCCUUAGGCUGAAAGAAUAUCAUCGGCUCCCCGACAAGGUCAGCCUGGCUCAGGAUUAAUGGCAAUCAAGUGGCCCAAAAGCAGCUCAUUCUGCUAAUUUCUUCCCAGCUCUCGUCCUCUGGGUCGCAACUGGGCAUGUCCUCCACCUUCCCGACCCGUGUUUUGUUACGCUUCUCAAUUGCCGAGCUGCCGAAAAGCAAGUCUUCUUAUGCAACCAAGACCUUAUCAUUAAAAUAUUUCUGACAUUA